AUGUCUGGACAGGCACAGCAGAGCGCCGCGCUUCUGUCCACUGCGGCUCAGAGGACAGUUGUGGCUUUGGACAUGGAGAGGAAUCUUUCCACCUUCACGGAAUCCUUGAAUGCCAUCAGCGAGGUGGGCGAUGAGGGCGGAAUGGACAUCGCUGGGGGAGUGAAUCCUAGACAUCGCUGGACCGAGUUGCAGGAGGUGAUGGACGCCCUGUGGGCCGCGUUCCAGGCAGCCAAACACAAAAAGCAAUGGGCCACAGCUGUGCAUUUAUUGGCACAGAUGGAAGCACAGCAACGUCGCCCCAAUGUGGUCAUCUACAGCACGGUGAUCAAUGCAUGCGAGAAGGCUGCCAAGUGGACGCAAGCCUUGUGUUUGCUCACUGCAGCUGGAACGUCUAGCGUUGAAAUUGACGUGAUUCUCUGCACCGCUGCCAUGGGUUCGUGCGAGAAGGCUAGUGCGUGGCAAGCGGCGCUUUCUCUGUUCGACUCAUUGCAAGGUCGGUGGUUGCAGCCUGAUAUCAGGUCCUAUGGCCUUGCGCUCCGCGCCUGCCAGACGUCACAGCAGUGGCAGCAGGCGCUGCUGUUGCUGUGGCGUGCAAAAAAAAAAAUGUUACAACUGAAUUCGAUCGUUUUGAAUUCGGCCAUCAGUGCAGCUUGGGCGAUGACGCCGCGUGUUUCACGCGAUGAUGUGGCGGACCGGGCAUGGAGGGAGGUCGAAAUGCUUCUGAACAGCAUGGCAUCCAUGGAAGUGUCAGCGGACAGCAUCUCCUACAACGCCGCCAUAGCGGCGUGUUCCAGUCUAUGGCAGCAGGCCUUGCUGUUGUUCCAGUCAAUGGAUCAACAGUCCAUCAUCAAGGACAGCUUCACAUUCAGUACUGCCAUCAUUGCAUGCAGCAGAGCCAAGCAAUGGUUGGCAUCCACCGCUCUGCUCAGAGAUGGACGCGAUCGUGGAAUGGUGAACAUUGUGACCCUGAAUGCAGCCAUGGAAGCAGUGAGGCGCUGGGAGGAGUCUCUGUCUCUGAUCCUAAUGGCUUCAGAACUGGCGAUUGAAGUGGAUCAAUUCAGCUAUUGCGCGCUGUUGCACGAAGCUGCUUCGCAUGGAGCCUGGCGAGAGGCCUUGCAUUUUCUCCCACCGUGCCAGAGCGAUGGCGCUGUGUAUGGCGCAGCUGCCUAUGCUUGUCAAGAGAGUGGCGAGUGGCGCGAGACCCUGCGCCUGCUUCGGAUGCUCAGAGGUCGAGAAAGGCCGUUUCAAAUGGCCAAAAACGCUGCCCUUCCCCAUGAAGCUGGACUUUCCAUUCUUUCACAGGAGCAGAAGCAGCGCUGCGAUACCAUUACGUUCAAUUCCAUCAUCAGUGCUGGUGAUCAAGCUCUCGAAUGGCUGCAGUCGAUUCACUUUUUGCACUAUUGCCACAUGACGGGCUUAUCAGGUACUACAGCGUCCUACACGUCUGCAAUGAGUUCGUGUGGACAGACCGCUGAGUGGCAGCGGUCGCUAAGAUUCCUGCAGGAAAUGUACUUGAAGCAGUUGCCAUGUUCCAGCGUGUCUCAGAAUGCUGCCAUCAGCGGGGCUGAGUGGCUUCAAGCCUUUCUUCUGAUGAUGGAGUUCGAUCACAGGUAUUUGCAAAGAGAUGCAUUUUCCUACAGCGCCAGCAUCAGCAGUUGUCGCUGCCAUUGGAUUCCGGCAUUGGACCUGCUUUUCGAAGCUGAGAGGACGCAGAUUAAACCGAACUGCAUCAUGUACAACGCUUGCAUCAGUGCCUGCGAAGAAGCGGGUGAAUGGCAACAAGUUUUGGAGCUUCUACUGGAUGCCCAGGAGAGGCAACUUGAGCUGGACGCAAUUACAUUUAAUGCUGCAAUUAGUGCAUGUGCCAAAGGGGAACGAAACCGGCAAUAUUCUACAAAGGAAAACAUAUAA